UUUGGAGUACCACUGUGACAUCACCAAAAUGUGAUCAACAAAGGAUUGCAAAUGGUGUGUGGGGGAGCUCAGAAAACGCGCAGGUACACCUGAUGACUCCAUCUUUGUAUUUUGGAUCAUAUGGCAUCAGCUACUCCUUCACCUCUUGCCAGUUCUGUAGAGAAGACAAAUGGAGCCAAGCUCAGCCGACUUCUCAUCGAUGGUGGAACAACAGUUCUCAGGAACGUUUUCAAUGGAUAUCAUUCCCCAGCAAGUCUUUCAGCCGCGUUGAAUGCAAACUAUUCAACUCUUAAAAAUCUGUUGAAAAGAAAGAUUCUACACAAACCUCAAUGGGAUCUAUUGUUUCCUCCAAGCGGAGCUCUUCCAGACUCCCAAACAUUUGAUAUCACUCUGUUAUUCCAACUCUUAACCAAUAUUUGUGGUCUCUCUCCACCCCACUCUGGGUGGCACAAAAAACCACUUCCAAGUGACAACUCCCUUGAAGCAAAUCUUGCUCGCAUAAAGUUUUACCGCAAUGAAUUGUAUGGCCAUGUUACCACAACUGGUAUUGCUGAUCCAACUUUCUCAACUCUGUGGCAGGAGAUCAGCGUUGUUCUUGUUGCUCUUGGCUUGCAGCAGGCAGAAAUUGAUAGAUUGAAGGCUGAGCAUUGUGGAGAGCAGGAGUACCUUGAUGCGUUGCGCAAGUGGACUGAUUCUGAGGAAGAUGUAAAAUCACAGCUGAAGGACAUACGGGAUAUUGACACCAAAGUGCUGCAAACUGUUGAUGAAAAUAAAGCAAAGCUGGAAGAAGUUCAUCAGUUACAAAAGAAGUUGCAAGAAUCUGUGCAGAGCCAACAGCAAGACACCAUUCAAAAUUUGAAUAAAGAGAAGGAGAGCAUCUGGGAUGACGAAGUCCUUGCGAAACUAGCAAACGUUGACAAUUUAGGUGAAAUUAGACGCCAUGCAAGCAGAUAUGUUGAGGGAACUCGUUUAUCGGUCUUUGCAGCAGUUGAGAGGUGGUUAGACGACAAAAGUUCUCCAAAUAGAGUGAUUGUUAUUAGUGGGAAUGCGGGGAUGGGAAAGUCUGUAAUCUCAGCUGUCUUAUGCCAAAAGAUGUUAGAGGCUGGAAGAUUGUCAGGGAGCCACUUCUGUCGGCAUAACAAGGCACGCCGAAGAAAUCCCAAAGUGAUGCUGCAGUCGUUAGCCUGUCAGCUUUCAGAAUCGCUGCCAGAGUACAGGAAGGCUUUAGUGAAGAAGUUUUCGAGAAACCUGGGCGUUAAAAUUGGAGACAUGGAAGUGGAAGAACUGUUUGAAUUUUUGUUUGAAGAACCUCUUUCAGAUUUGGAAGACCAAGGCUCUAUCCAUCUCAUGGUAAUAGAUGGCUUGGACGAAAGUGAAUACCAUGGGCGUAAUGAGCUUUUGAAUGUGAUUGCCGAUUACUUCAAGACGCUCCCGUGUUGGAUACGAUUUGUGGUAACAACGCGACCUGAAAUGAACAUCUUAGAGAAGAUUCAAGACUUAAAUCCCAUACAGCUGAACCCAAACGAUCAAGAAAACUUGAUGGACGUUAGGCUUUGCUUUCAAGAGCAACUGGAACAUGUUCUGCAAUCUGAUUGCCAAGAUACCAUCUUAGAAAAGCUUGUUGAAAAGUCAGAAGGGGUCAUGUUAUAUACCUAUUACCUGACAGAGUUCAUUAAGAAGAAUGCUGUGCGUAUGAGUGCUGCUGAAGUGAUGAACAGCGACUUGCCAUCAGGUAUUUCGUCCGUUUAUCAAGACUACUUCAAACGCCUGAAAAAUGAAAUGCAGAAAGAACUAGGUAUCACCGAAGAGCAAUUCUUCGAUUUUUUAAAUGCCAUCGUGGCAGCGAGAGAACCAUUACCUGUCGAGUUUGUCUACAAGUUGUUCCUUUCAAAAGAAUGGUCAUCGGCUGAUGAGCAAAAAGUACGAGACGCAGUUGAUUGUAUCUCGGCUCUUCUACCCAUUGAGGGCAAGUGCAUUAACUUCUUUCACAAGUCAGUCAAGGACUGGCUGGUUGAGGAGUCUACUUCGAGGCAAAAGAAGUUUAUUGUUAGCGGAAAAGAAUGUCAUCGCGUCAUUGCAAAGCUUUGCAAAGAUGAACUAGAUGAAUUGAAACUGAAAAAGUUCCAGAGUUCAACACUGAAACAGACGUCGAGGUAUGCCUUGCAGCAUGGUGUUCAGCAUAUACUUGAGGUAGAAGAGAAUGCUCGUUCACGUAGCCUGGACGACAUUGUAAAGAAUUAUGUUUUGGACCUAGAAUUGGUCUAUGCAAAGCUAACUGUGAAGAGUACAGCAGCCACUGAAGAUGUUCUUUGCGUGCAAGAGAAGGAAAAUACAAAUGGUUUGUCAAAGAAUUGCAGAGAAGCCCUUGAGACGUUAUUGUUGCUGUUGCGGAAGCAUGUAAGUACUCUUUCAAAACUUCCUCAUGCCAUCUUUCAAAUUUUGUUGAAUGAAGGAGGACCUGAACUGUCUGCGAAGGCAUUAAGCUUGCUAAACACCAAGUAUGCGGACUUACCAUAUAUGGAAUAUUUGCGAAAGAAGGAGGAAAGAACAGAUGUUCUACUGCAGUUUGUUGCUUCAGAUCAGGUGAUCUCCUUUGAUGUCUCACCAAAUCAGGACUACCUGGUAUGCGAGUGUUCGAAUCACACAAUUCAUCUGUGGUCGCUCCGUAGUGGCCAGCUAAUGUGGACACGCUCUGCGCUGGUAUCAAACAUUGAUUUUCGGGAUCACCUAGGGAACGCAUGGGCUUUCCUUUUCCAAUUUUACCGGUCAGUAGUUUUCCAUCCAACCUUAGACCUGAUCUUACAAGGGACUCUGUGUCAGGGUUAUACCUUGGUCGGAGACGUGAAACCUCUUUUCCGUUCGAGCGAGUGCCGGUUCAAAGUUUGUUCAAUAUCUGGUGACAAAAGCACGAUGCUGACUGACUGUCUGGACGGGAGGAAUUGCGUCAUCCAGUGGAGUCUAAAAGAUGGAAGUGAAAUUAGUCGUUUUACACACAAAUGCAAAAUUUUAUCUUUUGCUUGGUCUGCUAGUGGAAGACGGAUGGUGAUCGUCGAUUCUGACAAGUGCGCAUACCUCAUUGACAUGAAUGAUGGAGUUGAGACUCUAAUAUGUCCUUCAGUCUGGUCACGAUAUGUUAAGUUGACUCCUGACUGCCGGUUUUUUUUCUGUUUACUUGCGGAUGGGGAUGAACAUAAUUGGUAUCGAAUCCCAAGCUUUUUUGUUUAG